AAUGCCUCCUCCCUCUUUCCCACCACUUUCCUAUUCCCACUCAUCAUUCUCUUUUUAUCAUCAAUCAUCAUUUCAUAGCCAACCCUUAUGACUCUUUUCUACUUCCUUCACUUUCUUUCUUCCUCACAAUUAGAUACAUAGAUAGAUACAUACACUUUCUUCUAUCAUAUUCAUGCCCUCCAAUUUCAACCUACCAGGAGGAUCACAAAAUCAAACUGAAACCAUGACUCCAACACAAAACCCCCUUUCCGAAAUAUCCCCGUCGCCAUCUCCGUCAUCCGCAACAGCUCCCGCUCUAGUCCUAUCAAACUCCGGCAAACGGAUCGACCAAGCCGGAAAGAAGAAGUACGUGAAGCAAGUGACCGGCCGUCACAACGACACCGAACUUCACCUGGCGGCUCAGAGGGGUGAUGUUGGUGCUGUGAGACAGAUCCUUCUGGAUAUUGAUUCUCAGAUAAUGGGAAAUUUGAGUGGGGAUGAUGUUGAUCUUAACGCUGAGAUUGCGGAGGUUCGUGCUUUGGUUGUUAAUGAGGAGAAUGAACUUGGUGAGACAGCUUUGUUUACUGCUGCUGAAAAGGGACACCUUGAUGUUGUUAAGGAGUUGUUGAAGCAUUCGACGCUUCAAACCGUUGCGAAAAAGAAUCGAUCUGGGUUUGAUCCCUUGCAUAUUGCUGCUAGUCAAGGACAUCAUGCCAUUGUUCAGGUUUUACUAGACUAUGAUCCAAGCUUAAGCAAAACCAUUGGUCCAUCCAAUUCAACUCCACUUAUAACAGCCGCGACGAGAGGGCACGUCGAAGUGGUGAAUGAGCUUCUGUCGAAGGAUGGCAGCUUGUUGGAAAUAGCAAGAUCUAAUGGAAAGAAUGCAUUGCAUUUAGCUGCUCGUCCGGGUCAUAUAGAAAUCGUGAAAGCUUUGCUUAGUAAAGACCCUCAGUUGGCUCGAAGGACUGACAAGAAAGGGCAAACUGCUUUGCAUAUGGCUGUAAAAGGACAGAGCUGUGACGUGGUGAAGUUGCUUCUUGAAGCAGAUGCUGCUAUUGUUAUGCUUCCAGACAAAUUCGGUAACACCGCAUUACACGUGGCAACUAGGAAAAAACGAGUCGAGAUAGUGAAUGAGUUGUUACUCCUGCCAGACACUAACGUAAAUGCACUAACGCGAGACCACAAAACAGCCCUGGACAUUGCUGAAAAUCUUCCUCUCUCUGAAGAGUCAUCAGAUAUAAAAGACGUCCUUUCUCGGUACGGGGCACUUAGAGCCAACGAGCUUAACCAACCGAGGGACGAACUGAGGAAAACCGUUACACAAAUUAAGAAAGAUGUUCACACUCAGCUGGAGCAAACCAGAAGAACGAACAAAAAUGUUCAUAAUAUUUCCAAAGAGCUAAGGAAACUCCACAGGGAAGGAAUUAACAAUGCUACAAACUCAGUGACAGUGGUGGCCGUGUUGUUUGCUACAGUUGCUUUUGCUGCUAUAUUCACCGUACCUGGCGGGGAUAACGACGAUGGUUCAGGAGUGGUAGCAGGCUAUUCUUCAUUUAAAAUUUUCUUCAUAUUCAACGCAAUAGCGCUUUUCACUUCUUUGGCUGUUGUGGUGGUUCAAAUCACCUUGGUUAGAGGUGAAACAAAAGCAGAGAAAAGGGUGGUGGAAGUGAUUAACAAGCUCAUGUGGUUGGCUUCUGUUUGCACCUCUGUAGCAUUUAUUGCCUCUUCGUACAUAGUUGUGGGUCGGAAUAACCGGUGGGCUGCAAUUCUGGUCACAGUAGUUGGAGGAGUUAUAAUAUCGGGAGUUCUCGGCACUAUGACUUACUAUGUAGUGAGGUCUAAGAGAACAAGAUCGAUGAGGAAGAAAGAGAAGCAACAAGCUAGGAGAAGUGGAUCUAACUCAUGGCAUCAUUCUGAAUUCUCUAAUUCCGAGGUUGAUCGAAUUUACGCACUUUGAGUUUGAACUUGGAAACCUUUUGUGUUGGAAAAGGAAACAGUUAAGAGUUUUCUCUUCAAAUUACCACUUCAUGAGUUUACUUAGAAACUGUAAUGCAACAUAGUGUACACUGAAUAUAGUACAUAUAGUUUUUCUGAAAGGUGCUGUUGCUGUAGGUAGGAUCAUGAGAAGUUGGAAUGAAGGGUUGAUCACUAUUGUAAGUGUUGAGUGGUGUGCUGCACUUGAGCAUGACUUAAGUAUGCAUGUAUCUGUAUAAAUCACAGAUUGCGAUUUGCGAAAAGAAUAAUAACACGAAUAUUGCCUUGGUUCUAAAAAAAACUCAUGAUAACUUAUAAAAUAUGUUUGGUUCAUGGGA